UACCACGAUGUACCGCGUAACGCAACCAUAAAUUAAAUGCCAGUGCUCCCUCUGGGUUACUCUGUGGUUGGAAGAUAUUCGGAUUUUACGGCUGAACAAAAACGAUGCUGGCCUCAUGAAUGUACAGGGCACUAGCGGCUGAUGUGGAACCCCCGGGAGCUCGCAUCCAUACCGCCUCUGAUGUGGCGAAGAAGCAGGAGGCGACUGAGGAAUCGAUGCCAUUAAAGGACGUGCGGAUGUUCCCUGAUCUGUGAAGAAGUUUGUCGGAUGAUGACCAUCCUUCAGCACACAUUUGGCGCGUUUGACUUCCCGACCCGCGAGAACUCCCGCUGCGCCGCGAACCAAGCGAAAUUACGGUCAUCAAGAAUCCGGUGCCAAUCGCAAUGUUAGGUCGUGAAAAAUCUAUCAGGGCCGAUUCCGGACCACGGAUUCCAGAAAGAACCAGUCACGUCCAAGCCAUUCUUCCUCAAAGGGUAUGCAGUGCACACCGAGCAGCAAAAUUCAGGAAUCGAACGAUGCCGUUUCAUGUGUCAGUCGGCGGCAGUGGAAUCGGUGCCACUGAAAAAUAGGCAGAAGUUCAUUCCAAAGCGGAUGAUCACGAAGGAACAAUCGAGCGGUCAUUGGCAGAAUCUACUCUAAGAAGAAUGAAGAUUCUGUUCUGCACCGACCUCGAUUUGGUAUGCGUCCUAUCUACACACUCCCGGAAAUCUGUCCGAGAUAUGGCCUCUUAACUCCCCUCCGUGUUGGGCGCGUUCACGAGGGUGUGGAACGGGUGGAAAAUGCACGCUGUACAUGCCAGAGAACUUUGUCAAAAAAACAGAAAAACAAAAAUCCGCUGCAGGAACUGCAACGCUCAGUUCGUUCAAGUCGCAGGUUGCAAAUCGGAACGCGCAAGGCAACAAUUGGACGACUCCAAUCCUGGACCGGAAGCCGCCGCCUGAUCCGGGCAAGACUUAAGCGACUGCAACCGUCUAUGCCGAUAACGUCUGGAACUGGUGAGCGGGACGAGCAUGGCAACAAUCUUGGACGACGACGCCCGGAACAGGUCCCAAGACAGCCCACAACUGCAACAGGCUGUAUGAACGCGUCCAGGUCCAGAGAAAAUGGAAUUUUCCAGGAAUUCGCCUUCCCUCAAGCUCAUUUCGGAACGGUCACGCCGGAAGACCACGUCCCUGCAGAUACCUUCUGUACGACGCGCCACGGAACCGAUUGGUGUCGCGAAGCAAGUGUCCUUGGAACGGCCGCUGGACAAACGCGUCCAGCUCCAAUUCAACCGGUUCCCCUCGUCCAGAGCAUUUCUCUAAGCACCGUUUCUGCCGGGAAUUCGUGUCUGCGUUGGUGAGCUAAACUAAUUGCAGCAAAAUAAAUGAACUUAAACCUGAAAAAAAA